CAUGGGGCCCCCCGGGCAAUAGGGGAUCAUGGGGCCCCUGUGUCCUUGCCCAAACUCAAAAAAGCCUAUGAAAAAGGUACCAGGGGCAUCUCAUGGGGCCCCCUACUGACCCUGGGCCCUCGGGCAGUGCCCAAGUUUCCAAAUGGUCAGUCCGCCCCUGGUGCUGCACUAUUAUACAACUUCACUAAGGUCUCAUGUGCUUUCCUGCUAAAUUGACACCUGUUGGCAGAAUCUUCCAGCACUGAAACCAAAGGUUGCUUUUCUACUACCUAUGUUACAGAGAACAAGAGACUCAUUUUGCAUAUGAGAAGAU